CGCAGAUGCGUGCCGGUGUCAAGACUACAGAGUACAGGUCAAUGUCAAAUCAUAUUCUUAGCACCAGCGGGGGAUCGGACACGGGGCAGUACUAGAUACAUAUAUGCCUGCCGACCACGAAAAGUGUGAUCAUGCGUGAUUUGUAUAUCCAUGUCAUAUCUGCAAUGACUAUAUGCUAAUGUGAGGAUAACGACUGAUGACCAUGAACAUCUAUAAAGGCAUUGUUGCUGCUCUGAGAAGAACUAGAUGGUCUAGAAGAAUGGCUAAUGUGAGAGAUAGAUCAAGUUUGGCAUCAUCGACAAAUCUUGAUCAGCAUGCAAUCAAGAUAUUCCAGUCUGCUGUAGAGGCUGUGCUACCCAAUCAGAUGGUUCAGAAGAGUCUGCAAGUUGACCGUGAUGAGCUGACCGUCAAGGGGAAAAGGUAUCAUCUAGAUCACAACGUGUGGAUUGUUGGCUUCGGAAAGGCGGUGAUUGGUAUGGUUCGAGCUGUAGAGGACAUGCUAGGAAGCCACGUAGUCGGCGGCGUCGUCAGCGUACCAGUGGGAAUACAGAAAACGCUGCAGAAGAUUGGAAAGGGAGACAUGUUGCCGCGUGAGGGAAGUGUGGUAAGGGUGUUAGAGGGAGCAGUGGACAACUUGCCGGAUGAAGAUGCAGAACGUGCAGCCGAGGAAAUAUUCUAUCUGGCAAACGGUCUUACAGAGCGGGACAUUCUAAUAGUUCUAGUGUCAGGCGGAGGCUCGGCUUUGCUUCCAUCUCCUAUCCCUCCAGUCUCGCUGCAUGAGAAGAAGGAGGUGACAACGCUACUGGCGGCAUCUGGUGCCACAAUUGAGGAGCUGAACACCGUGAGGAAGCGUCUGUCACUGUUGAAGGGCGGGGGAUUGGCAAGGAGUGCAUAUCCUGCGAGGGUUCUUGCGCUGCUUCUCUCGGACAUCGUCGGAGACCCACUCGAGCUCAUCGCGAGUGGACCAACUGUCCCGGAUAACUCUGGCCCAGACCCCCUCGCCAUCCUCUAUCGUUACAGCCUUGAGGAUGCGAUACCGGGGAGUGCCUGGUCGAUACUGUGCGAGACUGACCGGCGCGGUGCGGACCCUGGCGUCGCCGCGCGCGUGCAGAACGUGCUCGUUGGCACCAACGCACUCGCUGUCGCCGCGGCCCGUGCGCGCGCCGCUGCGCUCGGCUACCGUGUUCUCGUGGUCAGCGAAACCUUGACCGGUGAAGCGCGACGCGUCGGCGCGAUGUUCGCGCGUCUGCUGUCGCGCGUCCGCCGGACGUACGACGCGGUUGCCGACGGCGACCUGGCGGCUGCGCGUCGCGUCGCAGAGGCGUGGGACGAUGUACCGGCGGCGUGGCGUGACGCGGUGUGCCGGGACGAGGCGUUCCUGGAGGGAGUCGCGAGCGGCACUCCACUGUGUUUCAUCGCCGGAGGUGAGACGAUGGUCACGCUGCAAGGCACAGGGAAGGGAGGGCGCAACCAGGAGAUGGCGCUAGCGUGGGCGCUGGAAAAUUGCGACGAUGCGUUCGCAUCGUUUCUUAGCGCAGGCACCGACGGCCAGGACGGCCCCACGGACGCGGCUGGUGCCGUUGCCAGUACACAGAUGGCGCUACCUGUUGACUCUCAGAUGUAUUUGGACAACAACAAUUCCUACAGUUUCUGGGAGAAAGUCGACGAGAGUUCAAAUGAUGGCAGCUUUCGGCGCUUGCUGAAAAUAGGAUUAACUGGUACAAACGUGAUGGACAUACAAGUUUUGCUCGUGAAACUUGCAAAGUAAUGAUGUUGCUAGGCAUUGCAAUGUUAUGGGAACCAGCAACAAGCGAUUUAUAUGUAGAAGAACUGCUCCCAUCUGGCAUGCUGGUCCAGGCAACUCUUAUCAUGCAGAAUUAUUCUCUGUGUAGUUCCACAGAAGUGAUCACACCUAUUGCAAUGUUAAAUUGCAACUGGCAAUUUGCAAUGUUGCUCGUUCGGGAAAUAUGUGAUUUUAUUUAUACAAUUCACCUGCUUAUUUAUUGUUUCCCGUAUUUAAAAUAUAUUGAAUCAUGAGAGCACACCAUUGUCAAACCUCAAAAUAAGUGUGCCUUAGGUUUGGUUAGGCUUUGCUCAGGUUGCGUGUUGUUUUUAUAGGCGUGCGCUUCCAUAAGUAAUACAGUUUUAAUUGGCGAAAUCAAAGUGCCAAGGGUACCUGAUUAGAGGAUUAACUUUAACUACACUACUUUAGUUUGCUAUUAGUAUUAGGACAAGAAGGUAUUGCUGAACUUUGUUACUACAUAUAUAGCUUGUUUCUGUAUAUUACAUUAGAACUCAUCGAAUGAGUGAGAACGUCUGCGAUAACCACACGUCAUGGGCUUCUCAAUGCGGAUACGCUACAAUAUUAACGUGAAAUUCACGUUUCUUGUAUGAUCAUUGUCAACAUAAUAAAUUAUUGCAACUAUUGGUUCUCAUAUUA